AUGCGCCAUCGCAGUGACGAUGGGGGGCGGCCGGGGUGUCUUCCACAUGGCGAGCGGGGGUCCCUGGACUUUGGGCCAGUGGGCCAAAGCCCUCCCGGUCGCUGUUGGAGCGGAGAGGGGUUGGCGAGCAGCGCCUGCUUGGCGGUUCUUCAGGCAGCGGAUCCGGCUCAUGCUGGCGCCAGGCACCACCACUGUGAAUUUUGGGAUCCAGGCACACUGAGGGUGCUGGCAUUUGGUCUGAAUGCAAUCUUGAAGUUCCCUUUCUCUGCAAGAGUGGCUCUAGGCCGUGGAUUGGUGCCCGAUGCAAGGGUCAAGCUGAUCGAAUUCCGAGCUGGAGCGCAUGCAGAUGAGUUGGCAGCUGAAGCAGGGGGACGCAGGCCACAAUGCCUUGAGCUGUCAGUGGUCUCACGCACAGCCGGAUUGGCACUGCUCCAGUACCUUCUCCCUGGUGCUGUGGGGUGUUUAGGCAAAAUAUUGUUUGCCACUGGAAUAGCGUCGCUUGCCCUUGCAUGUCGAUCCCAUGCACGGCGCACACUGUCCUUCUUGAGUCCCUGGAGACGUUGGAGGAGAAAGCGGAUUCGAAAAACAAACCCUGUCUGCAGGAGGCCAGCAGAACUUGCAGACCAGAUGUUUGAUGCAGUGGGACAGCUUUCAUUGCCAGCAGUGCUGUUGCAGUUGACAGAGUCACUUUGGCAGGCGACUCAUUCCGACUCCAGGAAACUGCUCCAUUGCGUAAUCACGCUCCUGUCUGUGUCAAGCAGCUACAAUGCCAUCAGCCGCCAAUGCAGUGGUGAAGCGAGGUCUGAUGUGGAAGACGCUUGGAGGAAGGCACACAGAUCUGCAGCCAGGAGGGUUGCCCCUCUUCUGGGAGACUUGCCUGACAGGCCUCCGCUGAAGCCGUUGCUGAACUUCUUGGAGACGAUCAGCAGUGCAUUUGGCACCCAGAACUCAGAAACAUCGACCCAGCCCUGCUGGGCCACAAGUGUGCAUGGGCCCUUGGCAUUCUCCUUUCCAAUUGGGGCCCAGUCACUGGUGGCACCACUUGGCACGACCUGCUUGUCACACACGCAUUCGACGAAGGGGACCUCUGAGUGCUGGGAGGUCUCCAGUCGAUCUCAAUCUCAAGAUAAGUUUGUACAGUGCUCCAGUGCCUGUUGCUAUGGGAUGAGACCUUUUGCAGGCUUCAGCGAAUCAGCACAGGGCGCAUGGAGGAGCACAAAUGUCACAUGUCCAUCUGGGACUCCCCCACAGGGCACGAGACCAGUAGAGUUGGUCAGUUGGAACGACUCUGCCACGUUUGCUCCCAUCCUCGACUCUCUUCCCAGCGAUCUGCCGCUGUAUGGGAGAGCGGAUCAUGCACAGCACCAGAGUCGCAAACGAUCACAGUCAGAGCAGGUUGCCCUGGUUGCCAGGGCUGCCGAGCUGCUGUUUGCCUUUCUUCCCUUUCUGCUUUUGGGUUCGUUUCUGAUGCUCCUCUCCUGGAUGCCAUUUGAGGCGAAGCAGGAGGCAGACGCAGAUAGCGGCCAGGUGCUCUGCCGAAGGCGCCCACAUACCGCAAAGGAAGGAUUUGCAGCAAUGCUGCGAACAUGGGCUUUUCAGAUUCUGCUGAUGGGCUGUAGACAGGCAGGGCCAGCCUUUAUAAAAUGGGCACAGUGGUCGUCCACCCGAGUUGACAUUUUUCCGCAGGAAUUCUGCGAUGUGAUGUCGUCCCUCCAUGACCAAGCUCCCAUUCACAGCUUUGGGGAGACGCGGGCGGAGUUUGAAGCCAUGUUUCACAGGCCUUUGGAGAGUGUGUUCGAGAGUUUUGAUGCAAAACCUAUUGCCUCAGGCAGCAUUGCGCAGGUGUACCGUGCCACCAUCGCCAUGGAAGACAAUACAGUGCCGGUGGUGGUGAAGGUUCGCCACCCAAACGUGAGCCUGAGAAUCAAACAGGACUUUCAGAUCCUGAAGUCUUUGGCCUCGACUGUGUCCUGCAUCCCUGGCCUGGGCAGCCUACCCAUCAAAGAGACCGUCUCCCAAUUUUCAAACACAAUGACCGCACAAGCAGACCUCAGGGUGGAGGCAGCACACCUGAUCCGAUUCGGAUCCAAUUUUGCACCAUAUCCAUCAGUGGUGGUGCCAGUGCCCAUUGCUGCCUAUGUGUCUGAAUCUGUUCUGGUGGAGAGCUUUGAGGAGGGCUGCGGAGUUUCACAUUACAUACAGCAUCCAGCGCCGUUGAAUGGCGGCCUUGUUGCACUUGGUGUCGACGUGUAUAUCAAGAUGCUGCUGCAGGACAAUUUCGUCCACACUGACCUGCAUCCUGGCAACAUACUGGCCCGGUCCAGGCCCGGCCGAACGGGCCAAGAGAACUUGCAGCUGGUGUUGCUUGACUAUGGGCUUGCUGAGGAAUUGAGCCCACAAGUGCGCAGGCACUUCAUUUCCUUCCUGAAUCUCAUCUGCGCAGGAAACGGCCGGCGGGCAGCCUGGCACCUGCUGAGGUGGAGCGACCGUCAGAUGUGCCCGCACCGGGAGGGUUUUGUGGACGCCAUGGCGGACCUUUUCGAUAGGAGGUGCGACAUCGGCAGCGAAGGGGCCAUCGACCUGGACGCCGUCAUCAAGUCCACCCUGCGGCUGUGCCGGAGGCACGCGGUGAGCGUGGACAGCAAGUAUGCCGCGCUCAUGAUCAGCGUGUGCAUAAUCGUGGGCCUGGCCAAGGGCCUGGAUCCCAAGGUCAACCUCGUGGACGCCGCGGCGCCCGGCCUGCUGAUGUACAGCCUGAGCGGAAGGGUGAUUGGCAGGCUGUACGGGAAGGGUGGCCGCUAG